AUGACUUCGGACAAGUGUGACUUUCUUGAGGGCUCGCAAAGCACAAUAGGGGACAUGCUGACGUCCAAUGUUUCCAAGUCGGCGGGAGAAGAAAACGCCACCGGGACUGACGCCGGUUGCGGUUACGUGUCGGUCGUCUUCCCCAUCACCAUGAUGGCCACGGGCAUGGUGGGCAACUCUCUGGCGCUCGUCCUGGUCUACACCUCCUACAGGAGAAAGGAGAAUAGAAGGAAGAAGUCCUUCUUGCUUUGCAUUGGGUCUUUAGCGUUGACGGACCUGUUCGGCCAGCUCCUGACGAGUCCGAUAGUGAUCUCGGUUUAUCGGGCCGACCUGAGAUGGGAGCGCAUCGACUCGUCGGGCAACCUGUGCGCCUUCUUUGGCGUGUGCAUGACCACCUUCGGUCUGUGCGCGCUCUUCAUGGCCAGCGCCAUGGCCAUCGAGAGAGCCACGGCCAUCACCAACCCGCACUGGUACUCCAACCACAUGAAGACCAGCGUGACCAAGCAGACUUUGGUGGUCAUCUGGUGCCUGGUGUUGCUCUUCGCCCUCCUGCCCGUAGCGGGGGUGGGCAAGUACACGCGUCAGUGGCCCGGCACCUGGUGCUUUAUCAGCACCGGGGACAGAGAAGUGCCCGGCAACAUCUUUUUCUCCUUCACUUUUGCCUUACUGGGGAUUUUCUCGCUGCUCGUCACGGUGUCCUGCAACGUGGUCACCAUCCGCGGCCUGAUCAUUCGCUGUAAGACCAAGUCGGGUACGUCUCAGGCCUCCAAACACUGGGAAAGACUCACCACGGAGACUGUCAUUCAACUCAUGGGGAUUAUGUGCGUCCUGCUUGUGUGCUGGUCUCCUCUACUGGUGCUGAUGCUGAGGAUGAUCUCCACUCAGGUGUCCUCUCAUGAAUGUAACUCCUCAGCAGAGAGCUCCCAUCCCUCCUCUGUGCGAGACAUCCAGUUGGACUGUAACUUCUUUCUGACCGCCAUCCGCUUGGCCUCGCUCAACCAGAUCCUGGACCCGUGGGUUUACCUGCUCCUCAGAGAGAUUCUCCUUCGCAAGUUCUGCCUGGUGGCCAAUGCCGUCACCAACUGCUCCAUAGAGGAUCAGAAGGAGACCCAAACGGCUCUGGAUGCACUUAAUAAGCAGAACAAAGAAAACCUCCAGAAACCCCAAAGUAGCAAAGGAGACUUUUGA